AUGGAUUUCCUUCCGGAGAAUUUCUCCUUAUCAGCCGCGUAUCAAAGACCUUCGGGUGAACUAGUACUGUUUAUAAAUAAUAUUGUCUACAUGAUCGAGUACCCCAGUUUCAAAUUGAAAGAAGGUUGGCCAAAACGUCUCUCGAGUCUAGGAUUUCUCCCGAACACUUUCAUCGAUACCGUAGUAAAUACUAACAGAGGACAAACCUACGCGAUUUUCAAUGGUAACGACGUAGCGCAGAUAGACGAAUGUAGUAUGACUGUUUGCUCGUAUCAACUGUUGCAAGCGGUAUUCCCAGGAAUACCGCCAGCUCCGACCUUGGCCUUCCGAUAUAUAAAUGGUAAUCUGUACUUUGCCAAACAACAACAAUUUUAUACAUUUAACGAGUUCACGAGAAUCGUAACAGAGGCUGGUAAAUUUAAUAUAAACGUACUCAACAUCGAAUGUUUGCGAAACGGGUUAUUGCAACAAAUGCAGGAUAUCUUAGAUCGAUUAUUUCAAUCGAGUAAUACACAUUGA